AUGCUGUUCAUCACGCCAACCUUCUUGUCUGGAAUAACGAUGGGUGUGUACGUGAUAGUUCGAAAGAAGAUCAUCAUCGUGGAGGUGUUUGCACUAGUCGCUAUGGUUAACAACAUUCGUGCUGCGCUCAAGCAGCUACUUUUGGCAAUCGGAGGGUCAUCCAAAGCUAAAAUCGCCUACGCUCGGAUCGAUGCGUUCCUCUCGACUAGUGAAGUGCUGGCUUCUUAG